GUCCCAAUCAUUACAAACAAACAAGUUCUUUAGACAUCCUUAAAAAAAAUAAUUUAUUCGAAAAUAUUAAUAAUAAUAAAAAAAUCUCAACUCAGCCCACUGAGACUCUGCUCCCAAAGAAAAAACAAUAGAGUGAAAGCAACCAUGGCAGCCAGCACCAAUGACCAACACCUCCCUCCUAUCCUCAUUCACCGCACCCCUUCCGUUAGUUUCCCUCCGUUGACUAAUCUCUUGAAGAACCAUUUUCUCUUAAUCGACCCUCACGAGUCUCCUCUGCCGCUCCACACCUUCUACUCCCGUCAUGCUCACUCCGUACGUGCUCUCGUCAUUGUGGAGCUCGCCCAAGUCACCGAAGACACUCUUCGCCACCUGCCUUCUCUCGAACUCAUCGUUGCCUCCUCAACCGGCACCGACCAUGUUGACUUGUCAACCUGUCGCCUACGUGUCAUCGCCGUCACUAACGCCGGAAGCGCGUACACUGAUGACGUUGCCGAUUUCACAGUUGCUCUGUUAUUCGGUGUUCUGAGACGAGUUUCGGCUGCCGAUAGCCAUGUCCGUUCCGGGCUAUGGCCUACCGGAGGUGAGUACCCACUUGGGUCUAAGAUAGGAGGGAAGAGAGUUGGGAUAGUGGGACUAAGGAAAAUUGGCUUUGAGGUGGCGAAAAGGCUCUCUGCCUUCAGCUGUAGGAUUUCCUACACUUCAAGAAAGGAGAAGCCAUCUAAGCCUUUCCCUUACUUCUCAAAUGUUUUUGAUCUCGCAUCCGAAAGUGAUAUUCUUGUGGUGUGUUGCACUCUGACAACUGAAACUCACCAUAUAAUUAGCAAAGAUGUUAUGAAGGCCCUUGGAAAGAAGGGAGUGAUCAUCAAUGUGGGGCGUGGGGAUCUAGUUGAUGAACAAGAAUUGGUUCAUCUUCUAACUGAAGGAGAGCUUGGUGGAGCUGGUCUUGAUGUGUUUGAAAACGAGCCUGAUGUCCCCAAAGAGCUGUGUAAUUUGGACAAUGUUGUUCUGUCUCCACAUUGUGCUGUGUCAACCCAAGGUUCCAUUGAUUCCAUGAUCCAGAUAGUCUUAGCCAACCUUAAAGCUUUCUUUUCUGAUAAGCCCUUGCUAUCUCCGGUGAGCUAGACUAAGCUAGAACGUACUUGAUCACUAAUAAACUCAAUAAUUAAAAUAGAUUAUAUACAUGUAUAAUUAUAUAUAUUUACAUGAACUUGUCUUCUCUUAUUUUAGAUUUGUGUUAACAUUUGGCACAAAUCUCAUUCAAGUAUUUCAAUAUUCUUAGUA